GCGGCCUAGCGCAGGAAUCGGCUGGAGGGAGCGGCGGCUCGACGCGUGCCGUGCUCGGAGACCUCAGCUGAGAGCGAAGCACGUCCUGCUGGACGAAGACCUCCGGCGCUUUCCGCCGGGCUCUUGCGGACAGCCGAUGUGCAGCCUCAGGGCAGCGCCGGGGCCGGCUGUCCCGUGGGCGUCCUUCAGACGCGGGGCCGCUGUGCGGUGUCCCUGGAACGCCUUCUGUAGAGCCGCGCGUGGGGCGGGAUGGUGAUCAUAACGCUGGGACGGGGUUAACUUGAGUGCGGGUGUGGAAAUAGGAGAGAGUGUACGUGGGGAGGAUGUCUACAUUGUUCAGAGUGGCUGUGGUGAGAUCAAUGACAAUCUGAUGGAGCUCUUAAUCAUGAUAAAUGCCUGUAAGAUUGCCUCAGCCAGCAGAGUCACAGCUGUCAUUCCCUGCUUCCCUUACGCUCGGCAAGACAAAAAGGACAAGAGUCGAGCUCCAAUCUCUGCCAAGCUGGUUGCAAACAUGCUGUCUGUGGCAGGUGCAGAUCAUAUAAUCACCAUGGACCUGCAUGCAUCUCAGAUUCAGGGUUUUUUUGAUAUCCCUGUUGAUAAUUUAUAUGCUGAGCCUGCUGUCCUGAAAUGGAUCAAAGAGAAUAUUGCAGAGUGGAAAAACUGCACCAUUGUUUCACCAGAUGCUGGUGGAGCCAAGAGAGUGACCUCCAUUGCAGACCGGCUGAAUGUUGACUUUGCCCUCAUUCACAAGGAGCGCAAGAAGGCCAACGAGGUGGAUCGCAUGGUGCUGGUGGGUGAUGUGAAAGACAGAGUGGCCAUUCUGGUAGAUGACAUGGCAGAUACAUGUGGUACCAUCUGCCACGCUGCAGACAAGCUUGUGUCAGCUGGAGCCACUAAAGUUUAUGCCAUCUUAACUCAUGGUAUCUUUUCUGGACCAGCAAUUUGUCGAAUCAACAAUGCCUGUUUUGAGGCAGUUGUAGUCACAAACACAAUACCCCAGGAGGACAAGAUGAAGCAAUGCCCUAAAAUCCAGGUGAUUGACAUCUCAAUGAUCCUUGCAGAGGCCAUCAGGAGGACUCAUAAUGGGGAAUCUGUUUCUUACCUAUUCAGCCAUGUCCCAUUAUAAGAACAGAUGCCAGCUGCUGCUUGUAUGGCUUUUUUUUUUUUUAAACCAAAAGUUUUUCAGCUUGUUGUAAAGUUCAGUAGAAGACUCUGCUCGUUUGUUCCAGUGCAGUUCUCCACAGCUGCUCCUGCUUAAGGCAGGCUUACUGUCUCUGAUCCCAACUCUAGGAGGCUGGGGGGGAAGCUUAUCUCUGUAACACUCCAACUCCACCAGUAACCCUGUGCAUUGGGGCUCAGUAGUAGCAUUGACUCAAUUCUGCAAAUCUGUGGAGAGCAGGACUGACACAUGGCAAAUCGCUGCAAUUAUUUUGCAAGGGGGGGUGGGGUGGGGUGGGGUGUUGGUCUGUGGGCAAGGUUAUAUGAUCUGGUGUGCACACUAAAUUGUUUGGGAAAUAGAGCUCCCUAGGACACGUUAAUCUGGAUCUGCAGCAAGAGCCUGAGAGACUGCCUGCUGUUUUACCACUCUGUACCUGACAGAAGCCUUGGAAGAGCGAUGGGGAAGGCUUGUAUCUUGGUCAAGCUUGACCCUAGGUGAAGCCCUGGGGAACAGCUGGGAAGUGGUUCUGCUACAGCUUCCUUAAAAAGGAGGUCAGAGUAGUUUGCAAACUUGAAUUCAUCUUAAUUGACGAUGAAAUCAAGUUCCCUUUAGCAUGCUACACAGCAAAGGGAAGGUGAGAGCAUAGUCUGUGCAGUACUGCCUUGCUUUGUUAACUUAGUGGUGAAGGUGCAUCCUGGACAAGCAUUACUCUUCCUCUUAUGUAGAGGACUCAUAGUAGUUGUGUGCUUUAGUUUCUACUGUAGGCUAAAAAAUUCCUCAAUUUCACGUCUCACUGUUAACCUUGCUAGCAAUUAGAGGAUUGCUGUCAUGUUCUGUAGCUGCCCCUUGACUUGCUGUGUAAAUCCUUGAUCCUUUUUUUACCAUUACACUAGUAAACUGAGCCUCUUUAUCCCAUGGUAGUUUGGUUGAUACAUCUAGCAAGUGCCUGCUCAGACACUGGGGUGACCCAAUAUACAGCAGAUUUGUGUUUGCAAAAGAUUUUAAACUAAGGAGCAUAGGAGGUUGCAGGAUUGUAAAACCUAAAGAAGCUCUUGGAGUGGGUCUGAUGCCACUAAUGAGUGCUAACAACAAUGGGUUGAAGAGGCUGAUGAUACAUAGUACUGGGAAAAGAGUAGAUCUAAAAGCAACCUGACAGGCAGUGAAGUGCCUGAAAGAAAAAGACCAAAACUAGAGCUGGCUGAGACUCCAAGAUGUAAUAAAUAUAAUCUGAAACUUGAAUAUUUAACUGUACCAGACAAUCAAAGCAAACUGUUAAAUCUCUCCUGUACUAUUAUGGGGUUAUAGGCCAAGCUGUUUUAUGCUCUGUUUCUUAUAAGCACUCCUCUUCUAAUUGUUUGGGGGUUUUGUUUUGUUUUGUUUUUUUGUUUUAGCUGGAGGAAGGGAAAAAGGGAAAAGUAAUCUGAAAUCACUUGCUAGAGUAACCAGCAUGACUGAGAGGCUGGGGCAUGGAGUGGGUAUAUGUUGAAGUAACUGAAAGACUUGGUUAAAAUAUGUGGCAGUAUGUCUUUAGUUGUGCCUUUUACUGAAGACUUCUCUCCAUUCCUAGAACUCCUGUCCUGUGGCAACACUUCUACAGUGUAGAGUUUUUCUUUUUGUAUAAGAAUUGAUGUUUGUCUGGAAAGUGUGCUUCUUUGUUUUGCUUGUCCUGCUUAUCCUGCACUGAGCUCUGCCAAGAGUCUGAUUCCUGAUUCCUGCCUCCUGUAUGGGAGCCCCUGUUCCCAUACUGCCAAUGCCCUUAAAGCCAAGAGCCAGGACACUGGAGUAGCAGUGUGAGGAUUUUCAGCAGCAUUUGUGUUUAAACUUAAGACUUGAUGAAGGAAUUAAACUUUUAUUUAAAAACCAUA